CUUCCGGUGAGCCUCCCAGGGCGUCCGAGCGGAAGCGGCGGCAGCGGCUGCUGCGAGCAGAGAGGGUCGGCGGGCUCGCAUCGUAACGUUCUCUGGGCGAAGCGGCAUCUUCGAGGCAGGGGUGUCCACCAUGUUCUCCUUCAACAUGUUUGACCACCCGAUUCCCCGGGUCUUCCAGAACCGCUUCUCCACACAGUACCGCUGCUUCUCCGUGUCCAUGCUCGCAGGGCCUAAUGACAGGUCAGAUGUGGAGAAAGGAGGGAAGAUAAUUAUGCCGCCCUCAGCUCUCGAUCAACUCAGCCGACUCAACAUUACCUACCCCAUGCUGUUCAAACUGACCAACAAGAACUCCGACCGCAUGACGCACUGCGGUGUGCUGGAGUUCGUGGCCGACGAGGGCAUCUGCUACCUCCCGCACUGGAUGAUGCAGAAUUUGCUGUUGGAAGAAGGGGGCUUGGUUCAGGUGGAGAGUGUCAACCUUCAAGUGGCCACGUACUCCAAAUUCCAGCCUCAGAGCCCUGACUUCCUGGACAUCACCAACCCCAAAGCAGUAUUAGAAAACGCCUUGAGAAACUUUGCCUGUCUGACCACAGGGGACGUGAUUGCCAUCAACUACAAUGAGAAGAUCUAUGAGCUGCGGGUGAUGGAGACGAAGCCUGACAAGGCCGUGUCUAUCAUUGAGUGUGACAUGAACGUGGACUUCGAUGCCCCACUGGGCUAUAAGGAGCCCGAAAGACAAGUCCAGCAUGAGGAGUCUACUGAGGGUGAAGCUGACCACAGUGGCUAUGCCGGAGAGCUGGGCUUCCGUGCCUUCUCUGGCUCCGGGAAUAGACUGGAUGGAAAGAAGAAAGGUGUAGAACCCAGCCCCUCCCCAGUCAAGCCUGGAGACAUCAAAAGAGGAAUUCCCAAUUAUGAAUUUAAACUGGGUAAGAUCACUUUCAUCAGAAAUUCACGUCCAUUGGUCAAAAAGGUUGAAGAGGAUGAAGCUGGAGGCAGAUUCGUCGCUUUCUCUGGAGAAGGACAGUCGUUGCGUAAAAAGGGAAGAAAGCCAUAAGUUGGGACUCUUGGCUGACUGGAAAAUAAAAUAAUCAAUUGCAACAUAAUGGCUUUUAGUUACUGGCUCUGAUGGGGAUGAGACUGUUGCAGAAGAUGCUCUGUCACUUUAGGUUUUGUUUAGAGUUACCUAAGAAUUACUGUGUGUGACCUGGAAGUGGAAGAGUCAGACUCGGUGGAUGAUUUGGGGAAGGAGAAACCUCACUCAGGUCUGGCAGGCAGCCUCCUCCUCGCCCCUUCUUGCUUUCAGCCCUUGAGGGGUUGCUCCCACUGCCUUAGCCAAAGCAGAGUUCCCUAAUUCCUGAUGGAAGUCAAUGGAGGGGAUUGAACUGCUCUAACUUGAGGUGUUUCUCUUUUUUUCACUUAUUCCUUGCUUUUCCAGGUCGAUAGCUUAGAGCAUUGCCUUUGGCCUAGAAAAAAAGUGGCUUAAAUAGAUACGUGCUCUAUAAAUAGUGGUUAUCCCAUUACUCUGGCUGCAAUUGUAUGAGGAAGGGUGUUUCUAUUUUUAUUUUACAUCUUGAUAUUCUCCCCACCCUCAAAGAACCAUUCUUCAGAAGGCGGAUUCCUGAUCUGAAUACAUUUCAUCUUGUAAUUUGAUUUCAUAUGGAAAUAAUUAGCUCCUUAAUGAAUCUGUUCUACAGUAAAACAGCUUCAUGAUGAAGCACAAAUAGGAAUAUUAGGAUAAAUAAGUGCUAAAGAUACAGUCCUCUUUCUCCUUCCCUACCCCCCACUCCCAGUUUUAAUGUAUUAAAUUAUCCAAGGUUCUGCUGGCCUACCUUUUUUAUUAGCAUUAAUUUGGUCUCGGAUCACUUUCUAUAAUGUGAGCUCUUUUGACAUGUUAAUCUAAUUUAAUCUCUUUUGUUCCUUGAAAAGAGUUUUACAUAAAGAAUUUCAAAUAAAAACAGGCAAUGAUUAAACCUG